UAUUAAAACAUGAACAUAUAGGAAAGAAUGCAUUCACCUUGCUUAAGAGAGGCCUCACAAGCCUGCUAUGGUUGCUGUCUAAAUCCCUUUCCUGGCCUCCCUGAGUCUCAUGCUGCAACUUCACAGAUUCCACACAGUGCUGCUGCAUCACGGUAUGAGUUUGAGGUUAGCACAGCUUCUUCUCUCUACCCAAAUUUCCAAUUCACCAAUCAUGAGUCUCUUCCUUCGUUUGAGGAAUCACUUUCCCGUUUCAUCAAAGUGUACCCUCAAUAUUCCCAAACGGAUCAGGCCGAUAAAAUUCGAGCUCAAGAAUACUACCAUCUUUCCCUCUCCAAGCAUGUCUGUCUUGACUACAUUGGCCAUGGCCUGUUCUCUUAUUUUCAGCUUGAAAGUCAAUGUCCAGGAUAUCCUGUUGCGUCCUCGUCAUCUUCUCCGCCGCCGCCAGUGCGUUCAGUAACUUUAGAAGCUCCAUUUUUUGAUGUCUCCUUCAAGUCAGUAAACUUGAAUUCUCAGAUACUACAUGGUGGUGAAGAGUCGGAAUUUGAAUCCAAUAUCAGAAAAAGGAUCAUGGCUUUCAUGAAUAUCUCAGAAGCUGAUUACACCAUGGUUCUCAGUGCCAAUCAAUCCUCUGCUUCCAAGCUUCUGGCAGAGUCUUAUCCAUUUCAGUCUUAUCAAAACCUUCUCACGGUUUACGACUACCAGAGUGAGGCUGUGGAAGUGAUGAUUGAAAGCUCCAAGAAGAGAGGAGCAAAUGUCAUGUCGGCUAAUUUCUCAUGGCCUAAUCUAAGCAUCCAAUCAGAGAAAUUGAGAAAGAAGAUAAUGAAUAAAAGCAAGCACAAGAAGAAAGGGCUUUUUGUCUUCCCACUUCAAUCAAGGGUUACAGGGACAAGAUAUUCAUAUCUGUGGAUGAGCCUGGCUCAGGAGAAUGGGUGGCAUGUUUUGCUUGAUGCAUCUGCAUUGGGAGCUAAAGACAUGGAGACCUUGGGGCUAUCUCUUUUUAAUCCUGACUUUCUGAUUUGCUCAUUUUUUAAGGUUUUUGAAGAAAAUCCAUCGGGAUUCUGUUGCUUGCUUAUCAGGAAAUCCAGUGCUUCAGUUUUGAAGGAUACAACAACAGCUACAAGUAUAGGAAUACUGAAUCUUGUCCCAACGUCAGAGCCAACUCGAAUCCCUGAAAGUUCAGCUAUUUCUAGCAUUGAAACCAGAAAGAAGUCGAAAGAAUUUCCUGCUCAAGGUUCAUUCUCAGGCCCGAUAUCUAUUCAACAAAGAAGAGAUGAAACUACUCUGGACUUGCACAAAACUGAAGGAAUCAAUAGAAAACAAAGGACUGUAUCAUUUUCAGAAAUUGAAGAAGUAAUCGAAACAUCCUUUGAAUCAGCUAGCUCAAUAAUCAACAAUACACCUCAGAGUAAAAACCCGAAAAUCGAAUGUAGAAGCUUGGAUCAUGCAGAUUCAUUAGGCCUGAUACUAAUCAGCAGCAGGACAAGGAACCUGAUCAAUUGGUUGGUGAAUGCACUGAUGAGCCUUCAACAUCCACAUUCAGAAAAUGGAAUUCCUGCGGUCAGAAUCUAUGGACCCAAAAUAAUGUUUGAUCGAGGACCCGCCUUGGCAUUUAAUGUAUUCGAUUGGAAAGGUGAGAAGAUUGAUCCUGUAUUGGUACAAAAGCUGGCUGAUAGAAACAAUAUUUCUUUAAGCAUUGGAUUUUUGCAACACAUUUGGUUCUCGGAUAAGCAUGAAGAAGAGAAGGAGAAGCAAUUGGAGACAAGAACAAGUGAAGCUGAAGGACCACUCUCAAGCAAGAAGAGAGAUAAAUUUCAUUCUGGAAUAUCUGUAGUCACAGCUGCACUUGGAUUCCUUACAAAUUUUGAAGACAUAUAUAGGCUUUGGGCAUUUGUUUCCCGGUUCCUGGAUGCUGAUUUUUUGGAAAAAGAAAAAUGGAGAUACAAGGCUCUGAAUCAAAAAACAAUUGAAAUUUAG